AAAAGGUGUAUUUUGUGAAAUAAUCCGAGAACUGCGUGUAAUAGGCAUCGGUUGGGGUGUUGUUGAAGGUCCAGGUUGCAUCCUGAACGACGACUUCAUGGCUGACGGCAUCCUUACUCGGAAGAGGGGCAGUUUGCACUUCACUGGAAGUCAAAUGGGUCCACAAGGCCGUGUUUGGACGGAACAGAGUUCGAAGUUCUUGCAAAUUUCGAAGAUAUGGUGUCGUCUCGUUGAAAUAGGACAGCCGGCUAAACAUGUGGAGGCCAGUCUCUCCAUCACGCAAGAACCAGUAUUGCUGGAAUUGCUGACCCGUCGGAGUGUAGGUGUCGGUCAGAAUCAUGCCAGCGUACUUGGUUCCCGUAGAAUCGACUCCUUGCACAACCUCCGUGGAAGGAGUGGUGGCACCCGCGGUGUAGAAACCGGAAGGGAUGCAGUAACAAUCCAAGUACGGACCUAUACCCGUCGAGCCUGAUUGGGGACCCAGUAGAUCCUGGCCGUCGAGGGAAAGAUCGACGAUCUGGCCUGCGCUUCUGCUCAGAACGGCCGCGAGACGAUCAUUGGCGACGGUGAUGGUCGUGUCAUUUUGCGAAACCUGAAGUGCGGCCGAUGCAAGGCUCACUCCAGUGAGGAGAGCAACCAAAACUGUCGCCAUGUUGCCCGACCAAUAUUCACUGUCCCGAAGCAAUUCCUUCUUGUUUGCCCACGUAGACAGAGUGAACGAAAGCCCGACAUCUCGAAGAAGUGCGGUGUGCUUUAUGUCUAGUAUAACACCGGGUCCUGAUACGCCGAACGGCCAGGUUCCAGAAAGCUAAGGCGCUUGAUCGAAGCGUCGGGUCAAAAAUUCACGUAUGUAAAUCCACCAAUCAUUCGUUGCCAAUGGAUCUCAGUGAAUAAACAACAUGGGGGUGGACAAGUCUUGGCAUGCGGGGGUCGGGCUCGUUUAAGGGGUAAUGGAGAUGUUCAUCAGCCAACGAGCAGUUGGACGAGGUCUUGGGACGACCGGCACCGUGGAGAACUACGGUGUACCGAUGACGUUCUCGGCCAUUGUUGACCCGACUUGCGAAGAAAAUUGGGAUUCUGCAUUCUGAAGUCUCAAUUUCGAGAAUAUGUGAAGAGGCUCGUGUGCCGACGUCACACGAAUCUCCAGUGCGAGUUUGCGAGAACUGGAAAGAGGACCGGAUGACUGGAUCAAUUGAUUUGGUAGGGCUUUUGCGGUUGAAUAUCAAUGGGAACAAGAUGAAACAACAAACGAGUGGACAACGAUAUAUACUCUCUUGUGCAACGGUAGACUCUGCCAAGGGAGACGGGGGAAACACGGGCGUUCAUAUAGAUGCCCCAGGCACCGGCUGGCCUCUUCAGGCACCUUCAGGUAUUAUCAGGCACCAACACCCCCACAACCACCUCCGAGAGCGACGGGGGUUACUCCGUACUCAUUCACAAGAGACAGCCCAGCGGGAGACUCCCAACGAACCGCGCUCGCUAUCCUGGAGUGGAGUGUUUCGCAGCUCUUCAGAGGCUGAAUCUAGAGUGGCUCAGCGGACUGGACUCCGCAGGCUUGGUCAUCCGGGAACUAUAUGUGACAUGGUGACCAGGAUAUCACUCCUACGAUGCAUAGUCGGGUUGACCGUGGUCGCCCCGUGCCCGGUGGGGGCUUCAAUUAUCUACGUUGAUGCGAUGAUGUUCUCGGAAUCCAUCCCGCAGCAUCCCGUAGAUCGUCCGGGGUCAGCUCCGAAACUCCCUUUCUCCUUGCCGAGUGGCAUCUACACCUCGGGACGCAGCCAAUCAAAAGCCUUGGCUCAUGAUGAUGAUGGUAAGAUGAGCAUCGAACUCAUGGAACUUGCGAUGAACGGCGCCGAGGGAUAGAGGCGUCCGCGGGGAGCAUCCAAUGACAACUGCAGCAACAACAAGCUCCACGGGGUCAGUACCACAUCCCAUCAACACCCAGUCCACUCCGGUGAAAUUAUCAAGGAAAUGCCCCAUGGGGUACGGGUUGCAAAAGGGUCCACAAAAGGACGCUCCACGACAUAAAAACCCCAGACGAGACCCUCUUGCUCCGUCUGUCUUUUCACCGGAGCAAAGAUCUUUAUUCAGCUUGGCUCUCUUGGUACCUGUCUUCCUAUUGCUUCACAUACCGAGUUUGACAUUUUCAGAGGUCGGAAAUUUGCCGGAACAUUGGAAUCUUGGUUUAUAUCCCCAUACGCCCCCUAUUUUUCCUGGAUCGAAAGCCAUGACAGGAGCCACUUUGGGUCAGACUAUCAAGGCCACCAACUCGGAGACUUCGGUUCAUCUCGAGGAUGUGCCCCCAAGCCCCCCGAUCAAUAUGUUAGAGGAUAGCGGCCCCCCCAUUCGUUCGCUUCAGGAUCCUCGGAAUUGGCCUCAGUGGAAGAAAAAUGCUCAGAUUCUCAUGGUUGCCUUCCAUUCAUGCGUGUCAACAUUCAUGGCGGCGGGAAUCAUCCCAGCCUAUGACAUAUUCGCCGAGCAAUACGGGGUUACAGUACCCGAUGCAAGCUAUCUCACUUCAUUCCAGAUUCUACUUCUAGGUCUUGCCCCCCUUCUUUGGAAUCCGGUCACUGCCAUCUACGGCCGCUAUCAUAUCAGCAUGUUUUCAGUCUUGGGCAGUAUGGUCUGCAAUAUUGGCGGCGCCAGAUGUACGACCUAUGGAGGCCAAAUGGCCACUCGGGUUCUGACUGCGUUCUUGAUUUCUCCUCCUAUCGGAAACGGUAGUGGUGUCGUCACUGAUCUGUGUGAACCUGAGAAACGCGCGCAGAAGCUGGGAUGGUGGACUUUGAUGACUACCAUUGGAACACCAUUGGGACCUUUCCUCAUGGGUUUCGUUACUAAACACCUUGGUGUCCAAUGGAUCUUCUGGAUUUUCGCCAUCAUCAACUUCUGCCAGUUCGUUGUGUACGUCGCUCUCGGCGACGAAACAAUCUACAAUCCCGAAAACGAACGUAAGACGUCGGGGUUCUUCGGAAAGCUCAUGCCCCGCAAGAUAAUCUCACACUCAUUGAGCCCGCGAGAUUUUGUGGCUCCAUUUUCCCUGGCCAUGACUCCACGUGUCUUGAUUGCGGCCUGUGCUCAUGCAAUUACGUUCUGCUAUGGCAAUAUUGCCAUGAUCGUGGAGAUGCCCAUUGCCUUUGGAGAAAAGUUCCACUUCGAUGCGCAACAGAUCGGUCUGCAGUUCAUCGCAAUCAUUGUCGGAUGUGUCCUCGGUGAACAGGUCAGUGGGCCAAUUUGUGACUGGUUCUUGAAGCGUGUCCGCCAGUCACGAGGCUAUUCGUGUCCUGCCGAUCGCCUCUGGUUGUCUUAUAUCGCCUUUGGCACCAUCAUUGCUGGUCUGCUGACCUGGGGAUUCCAACUUCAACACGCUAUAACUUGGAAUGUCACGCCGUGUGUGGGUGCUGCCAUUGCUAGCUUUGGCAACCAAAUGCAGACCACAAUUUUGACCACAUUCGCCGUGGAGAGUAAGAAGGAGCGCUCUGCUGAAGUUGGCGUGUUCGUCAAUGUCUGUCGACAGAUUUAUGGAUUUAUCGGACCUUUCUAUCUCCCACAUAUGUUUACAGCAUUAGGAUUUGGUGGCGCAGCCGGAGUCAUGGUGGCUAUUGUUGGCGGAUGUGCGAUGAUUCCGAUCAUUGCUGUUCAAUUUGUGACAACUCAAUCUGCCAAGCACUAGAGACCUGCUUUGAAAUUCUAAUAAACCGAGUGACCGUGGGGUCAGGCUGAAGUUACAACUUUGUUUACCCUAACAGAAGAGCGUUUUUUUUUUGAUUAUUUCCCCAUUGUGAUAAUACUUUCGCAUAGGUUGACGUGCCAUAAGAAGUCUGUGUUACUGCUCAGGUUUUUCAUAUGUCGGAAACUCAGCGGCUCGGAGGACACUAAUCAUAACAUCACUAGAAAAGAUUACUAGGAACACUGUUCAACCAUGACAUGUCUUGGAAAUCUGGAAACUCAAAUCCAUCCAUCAUAGCUGCAUGAAUUCCUUCUCCGAAAGGCAAUUCAUUCAUGUUAUGACCAACGUUGGAGCCAAGAUCAUG